AUGUCAGAAGCGCUCGACGCGUUGGUGGGACCAACCGCAGCGCGCGGCGCGACAUAUGCGGACGUCUGUCGUGCAUGUGCGCAGCUUGGUGAGGCAAGUGCAGAGGCGCGUGAAGCUGCGACGGCUACACUGCUCGCGUUUGCGCAGUCGGAUUCGCUCGUGGACGAUGCAGCAUACAUACGUAUUGCAGGUAUCUGCGAAGAUGCGGAUGUUUUGCUCAUCCUUGCGCAGCACACCACGUUCUUGCUAGCGGCCUGCGUCGACGAUCCGUCGCUGGCGCCGCUUGGUCUUGAGCUUGCAAUGGCAAUUGCAGACGAGCUGGAUGCUGGAGCGACGUCUAAUGCAGAGAUAAUCCCGCUGGGAUUGUCCAUGGAUGCACACCUUUGGUGUCACGCCAUUGCACAACUGCACAUUAUUCCGCAGCUUUUACCCGCUGUAUUGCGCGUCGUGUACCAGGCACACGUCUCCAAUGCACUACACACGCUUGCACUUGCCGCAAACGCAUCGAGGGCACUGCUAGGAUGGCACUUUGCUGCCGUGCCAGCCUUGCCAGAGCAUGCGACGCCAGCCGAGGUCAUGGAAGCGGUCCGGCACCCUUCGCCGCACCAAGCGACGAUGCCAGCUGCCAUUGCGGAUAUCUACUUUGCACAGGAGCUGUCAGUAGUACUCGUUGCUGCAGCGCACAGCGCAACGAAAGCUGCCGACGUGCCGCAAGAUGCAUGGGCCGCACACGCCGCAGUAAGGCAUGUUCACGAAGCAAUUCAGCAGCUCCUUCUCCAGGAACCACCCGCACAAGGAGAAGGUGCGUGGCUUGCGCGGCAAAGCGCCUUGGCAACGGCACUGCACGCCUACGUCGACCAUGUCACCCAGCGCCCUGCACGGACCCUGGUGGUGGAGGAUCUUGAGACGCUCCGAUUGCUUGCACAGGUGUACCAAAGCAUCACGAGCGGAGAUAGUGGACGUGCAUUGCUGCGCGAGCAGCCACAGGCGCUGCUUUUGGCGCUUGCACGCAUGACCGAAGCAAGCUUUUACGCCUCGUUUGUCUUGGUGCCUGCGGCGGACGAUGAGUCGCUUGCAGCCUCCGCCGACGCUGCCGUCAACGAAGUGCUUGCUCUUUGGCGCACACUGCUCGGCACGUUUGGCGCCGAAGACGCCGUGCAAGACGCCGUCAAGGAACAUUUGCGCGAUCAUGUCGUGCUUGCCUACCUGCAAGGCCGCCUACAUGCCGCCACACGCAGUGCACAGAUGGACGAUGUGGACGAGGCGGAGACGGGCGAUGCUGAGUUGUAUGCCGAGCAGCUGAGCCUUUACGCGGCACUUGCACGCAGCUGUUUAGCCGAAGUGGUCGCGGCCAUUUACACAUCCCUCGACCCAGUCCAGGCGCAGCUGCAUGGGCCUAGCGUGCCGGACGCGACAUGGGAGCAGCUUCAUUGGCUUGCACUUAUUGCCGCUGCCGUGCUUGCAGAUCCACCAGAAAAUGAGCAGUUGCAACUGCCAGCGUCGGUCCUACAAUCGCCACCUGCAGCACAAGACACGAUCGUGCGCAUCAUACAUACCCUGUCUCUGGUGCUGCUCCCUGCGCUGCUGCCGCAUGGACCCACCGAUGCGCUUCCCGCAAGUCCGCUCGCCUUGGCUUCUUUGCUCGCAUUUUGCGCGCGGUGGGUCCCCGUAUACCUUUUCCCGAGCGACGCUACGUCCUCAUUGGUUCUCGCCACGGUGUUUGCCUCCACAGAAAGCGAGAAGAUUUUGGAUACCUUGCUGGACUGCGUACAACUCGCAUUUUCUGUAUGGCGCUUUGACCAGGAUGUUUUGCUCGCCGCCGCAGCGCUUGUCGAGAGCUUUGCGCGAACACCCGGCGCGAUGCGUGUAUUGCUUGCGCGCGAUGCAAUGCAAACCCUUGUCAAGCAUACGCUGUCCACACUCGAGCAGCUCCCGGAUGCGACGCACGCUCCGAUUUUGCGCGCUUGCAUACGAUGCGUGGACUGCACGCGCGAUGGAAUUGUUGCAGCACACGAUGCGCGCGCGGCAUACUAUCCACACAUACUUGACGCCGUGCAUGCGCGCAUACAUGCGGCAAUGCAUGCGCCGCGCGCGGCAAGUCUUUCGCCCGCGGUGCAUUCUGCGCUUGGGUUGGUCCGUGCGCUGGCGCAAAGUGCGGAUCCGUACGUGAGCCGAACGGUGCACGAGCAUCUCGUAGCUACAUUGCCCAGUGUAGUGGCCUUGGCGCAGACGCAUACGGAGGUCAUGCUUGCAUCUAUGCAAGCAAUGCACGCUGUGCUGGAGGCACAGGCCGAGAUGGAUGCACCGGAAUUGCACGCGCAGGUCGCGCAGUGCGUCUAUGCGCUUGUCCAGGUCGUGCGUCCUGAGCUUGGGGACGAAGAGCUUGCUGCUGCACUUUUUCAGCUGCUGCAUGCACUUGCUGAGAUGGUCGAUACUACACAGCCUGUUGAUCAUGGUGCCGAGUACGCAGAACCAGCUACGGUGUGCGUUGAUGUGCUAGGCCAAGCAGCGCCGCAAUUGACGUUGGAGCUGCUUGCCGUCCCGCUCGUGCGUGAAGCAGUUGUGGAUGCAGUUACGACACUCUUGCUCAAGACGAGUGCCGCGCUGGUCAAGGCGUCAGGCACAUGCCUGUCAACACUUUCUGUGCUCGCGCUCCUUGACGCACACAAUUUACGCGCCGCGCCACUUGGAGAACGCGGAUCGAGUGCGCUUCAUGUCGCGCUUUGCGCCGUUGUAUUUUUUUUCAGCACUGCAGAUACGUUGAUCGAAACAAAACUCGCUGCAGUGCCCCCGGCGUUUUCCAUGCUUGCCGCGCAUAUACCUUAUCUCGAAGAUGUCGUGCCACCGGCUGAAGCACAAACAAUGCUGGACACAAUGGCAUGCUCACUCCUCCAUAUAUUGUUGUUGCGGCCGCUACACGCACCGUCUCUUGUGCCCAUAUUGCUUGUGCUGCGCACCUUGACGCUGGCGCGCGUGCAAGCUGCAUGGCUCGGUGGCGAGGCUUCUUUUAUGCAGAGCAUUGCGCACUACUGCGCAAAUGCGGUGCCGCGCGCAGAUACCCAGCGCAGCCAGCUUUUUGCGCACGCGGCGCAGCACCUGUUUCAGUGCAUACUUGCAUCCCACAUUGCUCCACAGUCCAACGCGCCUCCUGCGCUAGCAGCGAGGCUCAUGGUAAACGAGGAGCAGCGUGCGGCGAUACGCUUGUGCCGUGAUUUGCGGCCUUUUCUUUUGCAGACGCACGGUGUGCUUUGCAUGCGAUGA